AUGUCUUCCAUGGUCUUCGUCCAUCCCCAGCACCUCGAGUUCCCCGAAACCUUCGAAACGCAGACCAUCUCUAUCUUUAACCCCCAUGAUUUUACAAUUCAUUUUCACUUUGAGAGUACUCGACCAAACGCAUUUUCGCUGUCUCAGUCCGAAGGGGACAUCCUAGCCAAGCAUUCGCUGGAAAUCACUGUAAAACUCCUGGACAAGACAAUCACUGAAGAAAAGUUUCAAGUUCGCCUUACCUUGCCAGGCAAAGGCAAGCGACUGGGGGAGAAAAUUAUCAAAGUGACCCUCAAAUCGGAUCGAGGAAAUGAUGACGAUGGCAGCAGCACAAGCAGCAGUGCUCGUCAACGGAAAGCCUCCAAGACGGAGCACUUUCACUUUCAAGAGCUGUCUCCGACUGGGUUCGAUAAGUCAUCGGUAGUCAACUACGGCAAGCUGAAGUUGGAGAAAGUGCCAAAUGAGUACUUUGUGUACGCUGCACUGGUCAUUGCACUGGUCAUUCUUAUGCUGCCCCUCGAUGAUAACAGCAAUGCACAAACUCACCUGCUUGCUGUUAGUGUCAACAUCAAAUUAGUGGCUGCCUAUAUUUUGGGAAUCGUGACUGUUUUUCUUAUUCGUAACUAA